CGCAAUUAAUCUUGAUUAUCAUUGAUUUUGUAUCGUUGUGAUAUGAACUUGUUAGAAUUAAUUCUCAGUAUUAUAUUCGUUAUUCCUUCUUCGAUUUUAUUAUAUGUAAUAUCAGAAAUUGUACUUCUCGAACACAUGAAUUAUGGAUGCUAAGAUUUUGACUUCAAACUUAACCUCACUCUUCAUAACAUGAAGAAUCAAAUUUCAUCUCGAUUCAACACAUGAUGAAAAAUAUGAAAAAUAUGUGAGAAUGAUGGAGAUAUAGAGCGUUCAAUUUAUGAAGUGGUUAUGUUCGAGGUUUGAUUAGAUGUUUGUUUAGGCUGGGAAUUGCUCGGAUGUCGCCAAAACAAGUGCGUUCACCUACAUGGGUACAGAAGUUUCGAAAAGGCAAUUGUUUUGAAUGUGCAACAUUUCUUACUAGCUUGUUACUAGGUCAAGGAUAUAAUGCAUUUGUAGUAAGUGGUUAUGCAUCUAGAGAACAAACACUCUGUGAUUUGACAAGACGAUCAUGCCCCUAUAUACCACAACCGGAAAAGAAAUUUCAAGAAGAUACGAUACGUCCCGAGAUUACUAAAUACAAACUUAAUCUCAAUGUAGAAUAUAAAAAUCAAUUUUUAUCAGAAUCGGAAGAAGAAAAAGCGAGGAAAUUACAAGAAAAAUUAUUGUUAGCUGAAAAGGAGCAACAAAAUUUAAUUGAGGAAUUAGAGCAACUUCCAAUAGAUAAAUAUUGGGGACAUAGAAUACAUGCUUGGGUAGCGAUAUUACCAGAAUUAGGUGGAUUGAGGGAUCAAGAAAUUCCUUGUCCAUUAUUUAUUGAGCCUACCACUGGUAUAUCUUACGAAGUUACAGAUGACGAUACAGCUCAAUUAUAUCUCGGUGUAGAAAGUAUAUGGAAUGAUCAAAAUUAUUGGGUAAAUAUGCAGGUAUCUGUACAAUCGUGCGUAAACAUAGAAUGGGAUUUAAUGAAAGUAGAAUUGUGGGAACAUUUGCUUCCCGGAGAACCAUGGACAACACAUACAGGAGAGAUUGAUGAAGAAUCUGCUAUGCGUCAAGAAAAACAUUUGGAUAUGCCAUUAUCAUACGUUAAUCAAAUAAAUAUUAGCGAAGAAGAAUUUGAGAAACGAUUCCCAAACGGUAUGAAAAUAGUAUUGUAUAAAAAAACAAAAGUUGAAUUUUACGCACCAUAUAUUCAAACAGAUGGAUUGAUACAAAGAAUUACUACAUACGAUAAUGACAUGAAUCCUAUCGAUAUAUAUGAAAAUUAUAGAAAUAGAUCUGAUAAUCUCAUAGAAUCACGAAGAAAUAUGAUUGACGGUACCGUCAUAGAUUAUUAUACAAGAGGUCGAGUUGACCAGUGUAAAGAACAUCGAUAUUUUUUAUUCAAUAAUGUCAAUGUAGAUAGUGAGCGAAUUUUAGAUUUUUAUUACGUUGCUCGUUUCGAUGGAUUAUCUAAAUUCGAAAUGCAUCCAACUUAUUUAACGCAACACUUUGUCGAUCGUGAUGAUUUUCUAUAUUAUCGGCAUGUAGAAUUUUUACAAGACAAAAAAGGUGAAACUCAAGAUAUUCAUUAUCGACACAUUUCGAAGAUUGUCGAAAAAUUUAAUAGAGAUGAACGAAUAAAAGCAUGUAAAAAUAUAGCAAUCCGUGAAUUUGCUAUUGAUGAUAACGAAAUACAUCUUACUUAUCAUUAUUAUCCAGGCAAUUUUACUAGAGCUUUGCGAACAUAUAUAAAACCACCAUUAGCAGAAAGAGGAGAACGAUUGGAUCUUAGUCCAGCAAUGACACAUGGAUAUAAUCCUCUAAAUGAACCUGAUAAGGCUUUAGAUUUAUUAUACGAACUAGACACACAAUUAAAGGAGGAGGAUAUAUCUAUAUCUCAAGUUAGAGCGGCAGAAAAAGAAAUGUUUUCUUUUCUCGAGAUAAGAAAAAGUGAAUAUUUGACGCCAAAACUGUUGAUAUCUAUAUAUGAUAAACUUAGGGAAUCGGAAUCUGUAUUAGAAGCAUUGAAGAAACAAAGUAUAAAAGAUAUCACGGAAGAAAUAAAUUAUUUGAAGCCAUAUUUAGCUCGUUUAGGAAAUCCAUCGGAGCUAUCAGAAGCUGAGGCAUACUUAAUACAAUAUGCAUGUAUUCGUGAUUACAAACAAUUAUUUAUACGUAGGGCGAAUAAAAUCUUACAUGAAUUUGAGAAAUAUUCACAGGAAUUGGUGAAAACGCAAGCAUUGAUAUUACAGGAAGAAGAUUUAACUCGCGAAGAAGAAGAAAAAAUAUUAGAAAAAAUAAAUGAAAUAAGUUUUUAUUUACAAACUUUAGAAAACAGAUUAAAUCGUCAUAGAGAUUUGGUUCCUAUAAAAUACAAAAUGUUGAUAAAUAAUUUACAACAAAAUCCACAUCUUGCGAUAAUUAAAGAAAGUUUAAUGUAUUUUUGA